AUGAACCCAAUUGCGACGGAAAAUGUGUUAAUCAGCGGCACUCGCAUCGCUAAUGGAGUUUACGGCAAUGGAGAGCCGGUGGUCCUGAUUCACGGGACGCCUUCCUCAUCUCUUAUCUGGAGGAACAUCCUCCCUCAUCUGGUUACGGCUGGUUUCAAGGUCUAUGUCUUUGACCUCCUUGGCUAUGGGCUCUCGGAGCGCCCCUGGGAUCCUGCCAUCGACACAUCCAUUUCGGGCCAGGUACCACUUCUUGAAGGGCUUCUCGAUCACUGGGGCUUGAGAACAACUCAUGUCGUAGCUCACGACAUUGGCGGCGGUAUUGCACAACGUUUUGCCAUCUCCUCUCCGCAGCGCGUCCGCUCCCUAACUAUGAUCGAUACCGUGAGCUUUGACAGUUAUCCCUCCAAGCGUACGAAACAGCAAAUGGAGAACGGGCUGGAGUUCCUAAUCAAGGCGAAAGACGAGGAUCACCGUGUGCAUUUCAAGAAAUGGCUUCUGUCAGCCGUCCAUAAUCCCCAAAACUUGGCUGACACAAGUCUCGAUACCUACCUGGACUACAUCUGUGGACCAAUUGGUCAAGCAAGCUUCUUCCAGCAUCAGGUUCGACACUAUGACCCUAAACACACAACGGAAGUCGCGGGGCAUUAUCACGAGCUCUCAAAGUUGCCGGUAAAAUUGAUAUGGGGAAAUGCCGAUACGUGGCAGGUCACAGACUGGGCGCGUCGCCUGCAUAGCGCGAUUCCGGGCUCGGAGCUCAGCAUUGUUGAUGACGCGGGACACUUUUCACUGGAAGAUAAGCCUCUUGAGAUUUCGCAGUUGCUGAUUUCUUUCUUGGAGCAGCACACGCAGUGA